AUGACUUCAUUACAAGUAAAACAAUCUAUAAAUGACAUUACAAGUGGUUAUAAUGGUAUAUAUUAUAGUAAAUUGAUUGGUUAUAUUAAUAGUUUAUAUCUGUUAAGUUUAAGAAAACUACAAUUGAAUAAUAAAACUGAAAUUUCAAGGUAUCAUUUAUGUACUUUUGUUAUAAUUGAAAAAUACCAUCAACAAUUUGAUUUACCAAAACCUGAUAUUAAAAAGAUUCCAAUUUCACCAAAGAUUGCUGAAAAACUAUUGGUUGACUUUAGACAAUUAUUGAAUGAAAUUUCUGCUAAUAACACCCCAGUGUCUACUCCAAAAAAGAAUAGAGUCAAGGAAGGUUUAUCUACUAGUUUAACAGGUUCGCCAAAAUCUACUAAAAAGAUAAAUAUUACAGGAUCGCCAAAUUCUACUAAAAAUUCAAAUAUUACAGGAUCACCAAAUUCUACUAAAAAUUAUUCAAAUAUUACAGGUAAUUCACCUUUGAAGAAAUUAACAUUUGAUGAUAUUGAUGAUAUUGAUGAUAUUGAUGAUAUUGAUGAGAAAAAUCCAGAAACACCAGCUAAAAAGAAACUGAAAUUGAAAUUAGAUGAAAAUUCAGAAUCGCCAUUUCUUUCGCUAUCGCCUUCACCUUCACCUUCACCUUCACGCUCACCUAAUAAAGAAAAAAAUUCACCAAAUAAAAAAGGAACAAGAGUAACUACAAUUGGUGGAAAGACGUACGUUUACGACACUAAAAAUGUACUGAUACCUGAUUUCAUCAAAUUUUGUAAUACAUUUUAUAUUCCAGCAAAUAUAACAAUUAAAAUGGUUCCUACUUUUUUAGUACAUCAACAUAAAUUUACCAAGAAAUCUGAUUGGUCAUUAGCUUGUGGAAUGAUAUAUGCAGCUUAUAUAAGAAUAAAUCAUAAAUUAUUAAGUGAACAAGUAUUUGCAAAAAGUGAAUUUUUAGAUUUAUUAUUACAAUAUCAAAAAGGUGGAUUAACUAAAUGGUCAUUACAAUCUUGGUGUACUUUAGUUGGAGAAUGGGUUAAAGAUGAACCAUGGAUUUUAGAAGUUGAAAAACAAUAUAUGUAUGGUAGUGAUACGAUACAAGAACUAAAUUUAAAAAAUGAAAGAAAUGAAAAAAUUGGAAAAGGAUGGGAUUUAAUUGAAUUAUUUGGAGGUAUAUUACAUGGAGAAGUAUUAUAUCAAUCUAAUAAUCAAAUAGAAUAUUAUAAAACAUGGCUGGAAACAGCAUUAAAUAGCUAA